AUUAGAUGUGACCCGAAUGAAGCCUUCAAAUGUCAACAAUUUUUUAGACCCCCUAUCACCAUUAAAAAAUGUGCUUAAACGUAGAUAAUGUGUUAAAAUAUGCUCUAGACAUAACAAUAAGGUGAUACACCGCACAUAAUAUCGAGUAAGUUAUCGGGCAAUUUACCUUCCACUCACUGAGAUGUGUGCGAUAAUGGUAUAAAACUGGCGGGCAUAUGGGAAUUGUCACUUUGAAAUUUCACUCUGACCAGCGUCUUCGUUCUCAAGUUUUCCCCGAGGGGUGUUUUAGUGUAGAAAUGGUGUUUUUAGUGUUUUUGUUAAUUGCGGUCCAAACUGGUGUACAUUCCCAAGAUUUUGGCUACGAAGGAAAAGACGGUCCGCAGUAUUGGGGCAACACUUACUCGCAAUGCGUGGGGAAACACCAGAGCCCCAUUAACAUCCUGACCCGACUGACGAAAAUCAAAAAGUUUCCCCGGUUGGAGUUCGAACAUUUCGAUAAGCCUUUGGGGGACGUUAAUAUACAGAACAACGGACAUACCGUACUUUUAAAGCCCAUCGGUGCAAAAACCGACCUGCCCACGAUUAAAGGGGGCCCCCUGAAGGGCCUUUACAGGUUUCAACAGUUGCACUUCCAUUGGGGCGCCAACGAUUCCAUAGGGUCGGAAAAUAAAAUUAAUUCUUUAAGCUUUCCCUUGGAGCUUCAUGUGGUCAUGUACAACACGGAAUAUGGCCUAGAAAAAGCCUCGGUAACCGAAAAAGGGCUGGUGGUGCUCUCCUUCUUGUAUAGGUCGUUUUACAACAGCAACAAAAACUACGAGACCCUAAUAAACAGUUUGAAGAACGUGACGGUCUAUUUGUCCAACGUGUCCCUCGUGCAUUUUCCCCCGUUGGACCAGCUGGUAACCACCAAAAGGGCCGAAUAUUUUACUUACGAAGGGUCGCUCACCACCCCACCCUGCUCAGAAGUGGUCACAUGGAUCGAGUUUGUUCAUACAAUACCAUUAAGUUCGAAACAGCUGGCUGAGUUCAGGCACUUGACGUCCAGGAACGGCCUGCUGGAGCACAACUACAGACCGAUACAGCCUCUAAACAACCGAAUAAUUUACUUCAACUCUGCUGCAAAAAACCCUAUAAAAACGUGGAUCAGUUUGGUGCUAAUCCUGUUAUUUUUAAAUAGUUAAUUUUGUGACAAGACAAGGUACAGGAUUGUGAUAUAGUAAUUGUGAUAGUAAAAAGCCCUUAUAGUACACUUUAAGCCAACUUUAAUUAAAAAUAGAAUAUAAUACAAAUUAUAAAAAGUAA